AAUGCGAGCAAAACAUGUGUUUUGAGUGAAAAACACAAACAAAACAUGAAUUGAAGACAAACUGCAGUGAAGUCAUCGAAAGUGUGGUCUCUUUGCCGUUGUCUUCACUCUUCGCGUCAAUUAUGAAUUCAAUUGUUUUAACCAAUCGUUUCGUCCGACACUCGUAUGCAUUGCGGAAACUAUUGAGUCCAGCAAACAGUCAGUUGGGACCAAAUGCGGUGAUCUGUCGGUCAUUGAAGUUAUGGCAGGAGAAGACACUGAGACUCAUGUACUCGAGGGGCAGACUCUUCGAUGCCGUCAAAAGACCUGUUGAGGCGCGGUCUGCACGACAGGAAUGGAACUUAAGGGCAGAACUGUUUGCUUUCAAUCAAAGACUUCACGAGAAGUGGACGGAAGACAGUCUGAAGAUAGCGUUCACUAACAAGUCAUUUGUGGACAAAGAGGUGCGACAACGAGAACAACUCGGCUUAAAAGAUGUCUCCAUUAAUAUCAAAGAUAACGAAGAUUUUGCACAAAUCGGGCGAAACAUUAGCGAGUCUUUUAUCAAAUCAUAUUUAAGACACUUUUUGCCACGACUUCCAGAGGACGGCAUUUGUGCACUUCACGAAUACCUGAUGUCUGAAGAGGUUCUGUCAGACGUCGCCAAAUGGAUCGGUUGUAUUGAUUUGGUUUUGUGUGAAGAAUUACCGCCGAAAGAGUCGACUUUAGCGAAAACAGUUGAGGCACUGAUCGGUGCGGCCGCCGAAGACAACAACGAAAAAAGGGCUCAAAAUUUUGUGUUAGAUUUUGUUGUCACAUAUCUAGUGGACAAAGACGUGUUGGAAAUAUGGGAUAUACCGAACCCACGGUUCCAACUCAACAACAUCUUGAGUCGCGAACGACUGGCCGCACCCGAGUAUAGACUCCUGAGGGAAAGCGCUGUCGGAUGCAUUGAGGCCUGUUAUGUGGUCGGCAUUUAUGUGGACAAAGAGUUGAUUGGUUCGGUGGACAAAGACGUGUUGGAAAUAUGGGAUAUACCGAACCCACGGUUCCAACUCAAUAACAUCUUAAGUCGCGAACGACUGGCCGCACCCGAGUAUAGACUCCUGAGGGAAAGCGCUGUCGGAACCAUUGAGGCUUGUUAUGUGGUCGGCAUUUAUGUGGACAAACAGUUGAUUGGUUCGGCGCCAGGAGAGACCAUCGAAAUCGCCAAACAAAUGGCAGACUUGGAUGCCCUCCGAAAGCUAUUCCAUUUGACAGCUGCAGAGGUUUUGUUUAAAUUCGGACCAAAAGCCUAUGGAAUAGAUUUGAGUGAUUCGUCUAAAGAGACACUUUAUCUGAAAGAAUGGUCGCCCUCUUCACUAGCAAAUAGUCGACUCAAAAGAAAACAACAUUUAUAA